ACGAGGGCCGCCGCUAUGUCCUACCGGUUGCGUGGCCUCCGUGUCGCCCUCGACGCGCACUGGCGCCUUGGAGAUCGCCUGGGCGGCCACAUUCCCACGCUGGGCGCCGCGAUCGCGGCGGCCCGCCUGGUGGGGCUCGACGACGCGGAGCUCCAGGAUACCAUUGACGCCCUGGGGACUGGCAACUGGUGCCGCCACGCCCCGCCGCCAUGCGCGAGCGGGAUGCCGCCGCCGCCUGCGGCUGUUCGGGCCGUUGUCCUCGGGUCGACGCUGAAGAUGAUGGCCUUUCCGCUCAACGCCGAGAGCCUGCUGGUCAUCGAGAGCCUACUGGUCUUCGAGUGCCUGCUGGUCUGGAGCCUGGAAAACUCGCUGCUCGCCGAGAACCUUAUGAUCUUCAAGCUGUUCCUGCUGACGACCUUCCUGAGCCGUGUCGUCUCGGACUUCCUGGUCAUUUGGAUCCUCCUGAAGUGGGUCUAUACAGCUUUCGUGGAGAUCCCGCUGGUCUUCAUGAUGUUCCUGCUGCUCAUCGAGAGCCUGCUGGUCUUCAUGAUGUUCCUCCUCAUCGAGGGCCUGCUGAUCUUCGUGAGCCCGCUGGUCUUCGAGAGCCUGCUGGCCCUCGAGAUCCUGGGAAACUCUUUCCUCAUCGAGAGCCUGCUGGUCUUCAAGCUGUGCCUGCUGUACCUGUGCGCUGUCGUCUCGACGUCGACUUCCAGAAGGGGGCUGCGACGGCAGAGUCUGGCCCUUCUACUCACGUCGUUGUUCCUGGUGCUGCUUGGUGGAGUGCUCGUGAUGCCGUGGCGCACGUCUGGCUCAGAGCACCUGGUCAAGCUGUUCGUGUGCGUCGUCGACCUCACGCCGUCGUUCCUG